CCUGGCCUGGGGUCGUCUGCAGCGUGGCAGGGUUACCGCGGGAACCCCUUCUGUCCGUCACCCCGGUAACAAGCGUCUCUCUGUGGCGAGGGCGGAGCCUGGCUCGGACGUCAGCCCCACGCAGCACCCCCGCUCACCAGCAGCCCGGGGUCACCGGGGGGCUGGGUCUGGCCAGAUGGGGGGCGGGGGUCAUUUCAUCAAACACAAUACCCCUCUCACGGCCGACGACCCGUCCACCAACCAGCCUCGUCCUCCUGAUCCAGUCGACGUCUAUGGAUACUGUCCCAAGAGACUGUCCCAGGAGACUGUCCCAGGAGACUGUCCCAGGAGACUGUCCCAGGAGACUGUCCCAGGAUACUGUCCCAUCAUGGACGUGAGCGCUGCUCUGCCCAUGCAGGUUCCCCCCACUGCCAUCCCCAUGGACCUGCGCGUAGACCAGCAGCCCUUCGGCCUGGCCCCCCAGCCCCCCGGAGAGGGGCCCCCGGGGCAGAGGGAGAGGCAGCUUCAGCUGGAGCUGCUCCACCUGAAGCAGAAACAGCAGCUCCAGAGGCAGAUCCUCAUCGCUGAGUUCCAGAGGCAGCAUGAGCAGCUGUCCAGGCAGCACGAGGCCCAGCUGCAGGAACACGUCCAGCACCAGCAGGAGCUGCUGGCCCUGAAGCACCAGCAGGAGCUGCAGGAGCACCAGAGGAAGAUGGAGAGACACCGUCUAGAGCAGGAGCUGGAGAGACAGCAGAGAGAGCAGAAACUGCUGCUGCUCAAGAACAAAGACCGAGGACAGGAGAGUGCGGUUGCCAGUACGGAGGUGAAGAUGCGUUUGCAGGAGUUUGUUCUGAACAAGAAGAAAGCUCUGGCCCAGCGCAGUAUGAACCAUUGCAUGCCCAGCGACCCUCGCUACUGGUACGGGAAGACCCAGCACAGCUCACUGGACCAGAGCUCCCCUCCUCAGACAGGGAUGUCCACUUACAACCACCCUCUCCUGGGGAUGUACGACUCCAAAGACGAUUUCCCCCUCCGCAAGACAG